CUUCGAGUGAAUCACAGAAGAACAACACAACAAAAAAUAUAGAGGAACACGCGAAGCAGCAGCAACGUCGUCGUCGUCGUUGUUGUCGUCGUCGUCGUCUUUUGUCAUCGUCGCGUUGUGUCGUUGGCGUUGUUCUUGUCGCUUUCUCGCAUCCGUGACCGUGUCUCGUCUUCUCCGCGUGUUCGUCGUGUGCGUGUGUGUCUGUGCGUGUGUCUGUCUGCGUAUCGUCUUGACUGUGUCGUCGGUGUGUGUGUGUUUGUGUUAGUGUGUGUGCGCAUGUGACUGCCAGCUGCCUAUGUUGUUUCUAUGUUGAGGAAUUCGACGCGACUAAAUGAAAAACUAAAUGCAAAAUAAACUGACGAACGAGAAGCAACAACAACUAAAAACAAAAACAAAAGCAAAACAAAGUAACUACGAAAAUUGCCAAAAGAAAAAUAGUAGCAAAAUACCAGAGUAAUAAUAAUAACAAAUAACAAAACAACAAACGCGAAAAACGAACAACGAAAUUUGAGCAAAAGGAAACGGAAACGUUUUUUGUUUUCUUCUUCGCGUUCUUGUUCUUAUUGUUGUUGUUGUUGGCUUCUCUUCUUUGUUGUUAUUCUCUCUCUCUCUCUCUCUGACUGUUUGUCUGUCUCUUUCUCUUGGGCUGCUUCCCGUUUGUUGUUGUGGCGUUUUUUCUCCCCGUCUCGUUUUUGGCUUUUUGGAAACACGCUUUGUGCCAAGUUUACAACAAACAUCACUUCAGAUUGUGGUUUUCCAUCAUACGGCGACAACACAGGCAAACGCAAAAGUGAAACAAGAAGAAGCCUAGAGAAGCAUUAAAGAGCAGCACACAAAAAAGGGAAAUGCAGGAGCUGAAAAACGAGAAGCAACAACAACAACAGCAUCAGGAUCAGCAACAACAGCAGCAGCAGGCGAAGAGCAGCCACCAGCGAAAUAGCGAAAAAAACAUUUAAAGAAUUUUAAUCGAAUACUGCCAAGAAACAAAUAUUUGUAUUUAUACAAUUAUAAUAUACACGAAUAACAAAAAGGAUAUAUUAAUACCAACUAUAGCAAGUUAUAGAUUAUAUAUAGAAAAUAUACUACAACUAGAACAACUCGCAACAAAAACGAAAGCAAACACAUAAUAUGCAACAGGAACAACAACAACAAGAAGAACAACAAGAGAAAUUUCAUUUAAUUAAAUCGACAACAAGAAUGAAAAGUUUGCGAAUCGAAUGAAUCGAAUCGAAUCAAAUCGAAUCGAGUGUUACUUGCAACUAUCGAAGGAAACAUUUCUAAACGAAAAGAAAUAAAAUGUAAAUAAAUGCUGCCAAAUCCCAAAAUCCAACAACAACUGAAAUGCAUAUAACGCACAACAACAACUAUAACAAAACUGCAACUAAUUUUAAUAGUUAUAACAACAACGAGAAGAACAGUAACAGCAACAGCAACAACAACAAUCUUCUUGCAACCACGCACAGCAGCAACGCCUGCGCCAAAGGCAACUGCAACAACAGCAACAGUAACAGCAACCGCAACAACAAUUGGAACUGUCACAACAUUGAUAAUUAACAUUUAGCAGUCACUGUACAACUGUAACAGCUACAACAACGUCGCUGCCACGCCCACAACGCUAGAGAUAAGCGCGCAGAGGGAAAUGAGAUGAAGUGGUUUCAAGUGACCAUAGAUAUGAUUCUUGUGCUUUCAUUUAUAUCAAGCAGCACAGCGAAUCCGGAUGCGAAGCGACUCUACGACGAUCUGCUAAGCAACUACAAUAAAUUGGUGCGUCCGGUGGUCAAUGUCACGGACGCUUUGACCGUGCGCAUCAAAUUGAAGCUAUCCCAACUGAUUGAUGUCAAUCUAAAGAAUCAAAUAAUGACCACAAACCUGUGGGUGGAGCAAUCGUGGUACGAUUACAAACUCAAAUGGGAGCCCAAAGAGUAUGGUGGCGUCGAAAUGCUACACGUGCCCUCCGACCACAUUUGGCGUCCCGACAUUGUCCUCUACAACAACGCCGAUGGCAACUUUGAGGUGACGCUGGCCACAAAGGCGACACUCAACUACACUGGACGCGUCGAGUGGCGACCGCCGGCCAUCUACAAGAGCUCCUGCGAAAUUGAUGUCGAAUACUUUCCGUUUGACGAGCAAACAUGCGUCAUGAAGUUCGGCAGCUGGACAUACGAUGGAUUCCAGGUGGAUCUGCGUCACAUCGAUGAACUGAACGGCACCAAUGUGGUCGAAGUGGGCGUGGAUCUGUCCGAGUUCUAUACGUCCGUUGAAUGGGAUAUACUUGAAGUUCCUGCAGUGCGCAAUGAAAAAUUCUAUACGUGCUGCGAUGAGCCAUAUCUGGACAUCACAUUCAACAUCACAAUGCGACGCAAGACGCUCUUCUACACGGUCAACCUGAUCAUACCCUGCAUGGGCAUCAGUUUUCUAACCAUUCUGGUCUUCUACCUGCCAUCGGACAGUGGCGAAAAGGUCUCAUUAAGCAUAUCCAUUCUGCUGUCGCUCACUGUGUUCUUCCUGCUGCUGGCGGAAAUCAUUCCGCCCACAUCGCUGGUGGUGCCGCUGCUCGGCAAAUUUGUGCUUUUCACAAUGAUACUGGAUACGUUCAGCAUCUGUGUGACAGUGCUGGUGCUGAACAUUCAUUUCCGUUCGCCACAAACGCACACAAUGGCGCCUUGGGUGCGCACGGUGUUCAUCAAUCAGCUGCCACGUUUUCUGGUGAUGCGUCGACCGCUCUAUCCGAUCAGCGAAAUGAUCAAAUCCUCGCGUCGUCUUAUGGUGCGCACGUGCAAUGGACUCGAGCUGAGGGAUCAAAUACCACCGUUGCCACCGCCUGUGGCUCUGUCCCGCAUGCAUCACAGCCCUAAAACGACAUCGCGUAGCACAUCGCCGCAUCUGCAGCAUCGCGUGCAGACGCUCAGUCUCAUGGAUGAGCUGGGCGCAAUGGGUGGCGGUGGUGUUGGGGGCGGUGUUGGUGGCGGUGGUGGUGGUGGUGCCUCAACAAUCACCGGGCAUUUGAGCUCACUGUAUCCGCCGACUAUAUCGACGGUUAACCAGCAAACCUCGACCACAUCCUCGCUGAUUGAUGCCCAGUAUCACAAUCAGUAUCAGCAGACGGGCGGCUCGCUACUCGAUCAUCCGCUGACGCCGACCAAGUUCCGCCAGAUGACCUCGACGUCAAGCCAGACGGGCCAGAGCCAGAACGGCGCCACCACCGCUCAUCAUCACUACAAUGCGGGCGCAUGCUGCGGCUCGUCGACAGGUGCAGCUGGUGGUGCGGCUGGCAAAAGCAGCUCCACAUCGACGCUGGCACAGCAUCAGGGGGGCAUUAGCAGUCAAGGCAGCCAGGCAGGGGCUGGCAGCUAUCAUCUGUAUCGUCAGCAAUCGAGUUGCUCGGCAAAUUUCUCGCCAUUGCCGCUGCAUGCGCAUCAAGCGCACGCCUCGACAACCACCUGCGAUUUGGGUUUGGGCGGCAUCCACAAUCCCAAUGUGAUAAAGUCCACAACGACGGUGAAUUCGGUGGCCACCGCCUCAACGCUCGCUGAUUCCUGCUGCAGCGGCACCAUACAAAUCCAUCAGGGCAUGGGCGCUGGCGCCGCCUGCCAAUCCUCAGAGCUGCUGCAUCAACAUCGACCCACCACAUCAGCCGCCGCGGCCGCUGCAGCCGCUGCUGCUGCUGCCGCCGCCUCAGCAGCUGGUGCCAGCACCUCAGCGGCGGCAGCUGCAGCCGCAGCAGCAGCGGCAGCAUCAGCGGCGGCAGCGGGUGGUGCAACACCGACGCCACCGCCACCGCCAGCCUGUGAUAUAUUGCCUGCCUGCCAGCGCGAGGGCGGACCCCACUGUUGUACGGGGGGACGGGGCAGCAAUGUGCGACAACGCUGGCACACCUGCCCAGAGCUCCACAAGGCCAUGGAUGGUGUCAACUAUAUUGCGGAUCAGACGCGCAAGGAGGAGGAGAGCACACGGGUCAAAGAGGACUGGAAAUACGUUGCCAUGGUGCUGGAUCGUCUCUUCCUCUGGAUAUUCACAAUAGCUGUGGUGGUGGGCACCGCCGGGAUUAUCCUGCAGGCGCCCACGCUCUACGAUACUCGCGUACCCAUUGACAUCAAGCUGUCGGAGAUUGCCUCCACGACGGCCAAGCCGAAUGUGGCGAGGCCCGUGUUGUAAAUCCCAUAAGGACGACAUCAGCACACACACUUACACACAUACAGAGAUACAGAGAUACACGCACACACUCACUCACACAGACACGCGCAUACUUGGACAGUCUGAGGAAGUAAAAGAAGGAAGAGAAGAAAUUCGCAUUACUAUUUUUUUUUUUUUUUUUUGUGACAGUAACAACACGACGAAGUGGAGGAAUAAGAAGCAGAUGAUGGAAAAGUCGAAGAAGUAGAAGAAGAACAACAACAAAAAGCAAGUAACUAUAACUUUAACAAGAAACCGAUACAUGUAUUUGUUAUAAACUUAGAACCAUGUAAGAAAUGAAAUGAAUCGAAAACAUGAUAACGAAAUGAAUAUGAUGAUGAUGAUGAUGAUGAUGAUGACGAACCUUAGCUACGAUUAACUAACUAUAACGAAAUUGUACACUAAUGUUUAACAAUGAUAGCAACAACAAUUGAAAGACAAGCACAAAAAGCCUCUUAAGAUGUUAUAACGAUUUGCCCAUAAUAACAUACCUACAUAAAAUAAGCUCUGUUCCACAAGUGUUCUACUACAAUCGUACCCCAACUUCACACAUACACGCAUUCAAUAUGAAUACAAUUCAUUCGAUUUAAUUGUUCAUCAACAAAUACACCUAGCACUUAGUAGAUAGAUAGGCAAAUUUGUUUAACUUAUCGGCUGCCAAACUGUUUCAAAUUAAUUGCCUGAUCGAUGCUCGGUUUAUCGACAAUCGAUUAUACAUAUAAAAGCAGCACUGAUUUGCAAUCGAAAGCACGAUAAGCGAUAAGCUUAAUUUGCUGUAAAAGCUACUGCAAUAAUAAGUUAAUUAGUUAAGCACCAAAGCCCGAGACAACAUUAUAAUUAGUAUUCUAAUUUCGUUGCGUUUCGCAGUUUUUUUUUUUUUUUUUUUUUUUUUUGUCCUCCAUUGCAUUUGCCGUUUCGCAAGUGCGUGAGUGAGUAAGUCAGCAAGGCAGCGUGGAGCAGAAGGAUGAAGCGAGAGAGCGACGGACUGUGAAGUGUAGUGGGUGACUGGGUGACUAAGCGUAAGCUUUCGAGCUGCAAAUGAUGCAUGCAAAUUAGUGCAAAUAAACACACAGCACAGCACAGCAGUAUGCGAUGCUCCUCCUCGCACAUUCGCCUUGCGGCAAUUAGUUAGCACAAAGCUUUAGUUAUUAUGCCCAAGUGUGCGUGUUUCGAGUGCUUC